AUGUCUGGUGAUUCAGGAUGGAGUGCUGUUAUUCACCAUCCUUCGGAAUUAGAGCUACAGAAUUGGAAUUGGGAAGAGAACGAUGGGGAGCAGGAAAGGGAGCUCCCUUCAACUGUUGAUAUGGAUGCCAUAAAGGGUGGUGGUAGCUGGGAUCCAACCACCGAACCUAAUGGAACAGAUUCAGUUGAUUCAGAAGAAGAUUCUGAUUCCGACGACGAAAGCUCUGGCGGUACGGAGGGUAGUUGCUCUUACUCGGACUCUAAUUCAGAUUCGGACGACGAGAGUAGCGGCGACGAGGAAGAAGACACGGGAUCCAAUUCUGAUUGUACUUCGGAACACAGCGAGCAAACAUUUUCCAUUCAGGAGACAAAUUUCGAAUCGGGUGCGCUUAAAUUAAAAAUCAGUAUGAAAGGUCCGAAAAAGGAAGAUUUGGAAAAAGUAAAAUGCGAGAAAAGUAGGAGAAGCGUGUCGAAAAAAGUGAAAACCAGUCGCGGAGGGAAGUCGUCCGAAUGCAGCAGCGACGAGUCUGACUCGUCAGAGAGUCGCUUAACUUCGCAGCAACAGCAGCAGCAGCAGCAGCAGCAGCAGCAACCUCAGACGCAGCAGUCUCAGCAGCAGCAACAGCCACAGCAGCAUCCACCGCUUCAGGAGAUCAAUCAGGAAGAUCUAGCAGCUAUUUUACCGGAUCAGGAGCACGAGGAUGCACCGUUCGAUGGAUUCGAGGAUUCAGAGAGCGGGAGGCUAGUAUCGAAAGCUAUCGAACGCAUGUCACUUGGUGCUGACUCGGAUACGAGUGAAAACGGUGACCAGAACCCUGUACCUGUGUAUAGUUCCACCUUAUUACAACAGUUUGUUGAGAAAACGGCUUUGUUAUCAGAACCAAGAAAAAGGCGGAGUAAAUUAGGGAAGAAAAUAAACGAUGCCGAGUAUCCUUGCGUCUCGAACGUGUCUCCAGAUUCUGGGAUCCAGUCAGUAGAUAACAGUCCGUUACAUUUGGCGGUUAGUCCUGUAAGUCCUCCAGCACCGACGCAGUCUCCGGUACAACCUGUUGUCACGAAACCAGCGGUGAACGUAGAUCGUGUCUUAUAUCCACCUAAACGAAAGCCUGGCAGGCCAGCGAAAACGGUUUCCACGCAACCUCGUGGUCCAGGAAGGCCGAGGCUGAAGCCAGAAAUCGUGGAAAAAAUCGAGAAGAUCGAGAAGACAGAAAAAGCUGGAAAGAAUGAGAGGACGGAGAAGAAGGAGUCCGCUCCUCAGCAAGCUCCUAAAGUCCCCAAGGAGGAAGUUAAUAAUAAGAGAGGGAAAGCGAAGACGGUGCCGCAGAAAACGGCUACGUCUCGAGGCGAUAAAGAGGAGGAGAACAAAUCUAAUAAAAAAUUGAAGGAGAAACCAGGUUGUCAGAAGAAACGAAGUUGUAAUGUUUCCAAAGUAUCUACGCAGACGAAAGUAACUGGGAAGAGGAAUAACGCAAGUUCCCCAGCGCGUGUCAAGUGCCUAAGUAGAACUGUUACGAAUAAGUGUGGAAAGGAGGGAGCUCAGUGCAACGGUGGCACGUGUAAGAAGAUGAGGAAGGAUAAGCCUGGACCAGGGAAUAAGACCACUCCGUUACGCAGACAGAAGCAGUCGGUUUGCGAGCGGGUGUCUAGUGAUAGGAAAGUAAUGAAUUCGAGUAAGAGGAGUCUGAAGGAGAAUAGAAGCAAUACUGGCCCUUUGGCUAAGAGACAGGCGUCGUUGAAGAAGAAUGUCGCGCCGGUUACGCGACGUGUAUUGAAAGAAAAUAAAAGUACUAAAAAAUCCGGGGCGGGGUUCGAAACGAACGGCGUUGGCGUUCAGACUUUAAUAUCUCUACCAGUUGGCGAGGUAUUGAAGUCUGAAAAAGUGGAGAACGUGACGAACAAGUGCGACAAGGCGACACAGCCAAUACACAGUCAUUGUCAUAAACACCAUCACCACAAGCAUCGAAGACGAUUACUCCUACCACCUAAAAAUCCUAUCCGCAUUCAUCCGUGUCUGAUACAGGAGUUGGAAAAAUUGAUAGAAGAGUUCUCGAGAUCGUGCAGCUUAGGUAGGAACAAUUCGAACUCCGGCUACUCCGAAUUACCACAAAUAUUUCGCGUGAAGAAGCUGACGAAGAAGAGGAAAGGAGAUGUUACUACGAACGAUGACCAGAAACUGAAGAGGCGCUUGAAGAAGGAGAAGAUACUGUCGGGAACAGAUUCGAAGAAUAGCACGAAUGCAAACGCGAAUUCCAAUCCGAAUGAGCAGAGAUUACCAUUGAAGAAGAGGCAUUACCACGUGUCCAGCCCUCACAGUUCUCAGAGUUCGAACGCGAGUGGCGCGGACGUGGCCAUAAACGAAGUGAAUUCGACGGAGAGUCACAUAGAAGAGGCGAUCGAAGCUACGAUAACGAGAUACGGAGGCAGUUCUGCGUCCUCCUUUCAAGAAGACUCUGUACCUGUUACUCCUAAGAAGAGACAUAGAGAUGCAGAGAAUGCAAGUCCUGAUAAAUCGAGUGCAACGUCUUCCGACUUGCUCGAAGAGAAGCCCCUGAGUCAAAUAGAAGUACAACCACGUCGUAAGAAGAAAAUCGUGAAAGAUCUUCGCGUGACGGUCACGAAAUUACCUGCUGAAAGUCAUAGCGCUUUGGAGAAGGCCGAGAAAUUGGACAAGGCUGAGAAAGCUGAUAGCAAAGUCGAAAAAAGUUCCAGCGAUUCCAAGAACACGAAAAGUCGAGCAGAGAAAAGCGGCAAAGGCGAGAAAGUGGUCGCUGAAAAAUUAAUAAAGACAGACAAAAGUCAGGAUAAGGUUGAGAAAAGGGAUAUUUCACCAGACCACGUUCGUCUGGAGAAAAAUAUAAAGGUCGACGCUGCAGAAUUUAAUGCAACGGAGAGCUUCGACGAGAAUGAAGCUGCGAAUGAAACGAAACCAUCGCAAAAUAGUCUCAACCCUAAUGUUCCAAAUCCCUUGAAUUCCUCAACUGUAUUAGUUUUGACCAAGAAGAAAAUGAGACGGCGGAAAGCUAUAAAUCGUACAGGUUUUCCAACGUUAAAAAAAAAGAAAAAGAGAUCCUUGAACGCGAACGAAACAUCGACAGAUGCGUCAAAAAGUGUAGCUUUAGCCAGCGAAGAUGGCACAGACGUUGUCGAUGGUGAAAAUUCAACGAAAGAGGGAACCGAGGAUUCUGUAAUGGAAAGUAAAACAGCUGUAUUAAAUACCGAGAUACAGAACGUAUUUUCUGACGAGCUAUCUAUCAAACAUGUCAAUAACAACGUCGUACAGAGUAAAGUUCAAUCUAAAGCUGAUACAAAUUCAAAUCAGGAAGACUCCGGUUCACCAAAGCCAGAAGUAAACAGUCGUGUUAGGCCUGAGGAACUCUCUGAACCUCGUUCUGGUCAAUUGAGGGUUCGAAAAGAUCUUGUAGAAACAGAUAGCGACAAUGCAUCGAACAAAUUGUGUCCGGUUAAGUUUGAAAAAAUUCAGGACUCUAAACCUUACGAUGAAAACGCUCCUCUAGAAGAAUCUCUCGAAAGAUACAAUGCGAAUCAACGUAUCGCUGAAUUAAAUGAGGAGAAUGUAAAGAAACUUGAGCGUGUCAGUUCUCAGACAAAUAUCAAGACAGAGCACUCUGGUUCUUUCAAUGGUAGCCAGAAAAAGCGAAGGGGUUCUUCGAGUCCCUGCAAUUUAACUCCCAGAAACAUUAAACGUCUACGUAGUUCCGGCUACGAUACGGAAAAUGACAUCAUGCCUAACAGCGACAUCCUCAACGACGAUAAUGAGGUUGGAAAGAAUUCAACGCAUACCAGGAAAAAACAGUCUAGAUGGAAGAAACGAUAUUUACAAGGUGGCAUCUUGCAAGAGUAUGGUAAAGAUUUCGAAUCGAAAACACGGGGUACCAUGGAGAAUAGCAAUGUCUCUGGGAAGAACAAAAUCGUAUGUGAAACUAACGAAUCUGCAUCAGCCGCGCUAUUAUCUGCCACGUAUCAGUGUGGCAAGUUUCUGCGACAGAGAAAAAUGCCUUUUCAAUUGCCGUACGAUUUAUGGUGGCUGCAUACGCAAUCUAGAUUACCUAGUAGAGAAUCAGUUCCAUCAUGGAAUUAUAAGAAAAUUCGUACAAAUGUCUAUUAUGACGUGAAACCCACCACCUUAUACGAAGCGCAAGCUUGCGAGUGCAAGCCAGAAAGUGGUUGCGGAGACGAUUGCAUCAAUCGCAUGGUUUUCAGCGAAUGUUCUCCUCAGCUUUGUCCCUGUGGCGAGAAAUGCGAAAAUCAGAAAAUUCAGAAGCACGAAUGGGCACCUGGUUUGCAAAAGUUCAUGACAGAAGACAAAGGUUGGGGCGUGAGGACUCAGCAGUCCAUCAAAUCUGGUGUCUUUAUUCUCGAAUACGUUGGGGAAGUUGUAUCAGAAAGGGAAUUCAAGUCUAGAAUGGCUACCAGAUAUGCUAACGAUACCCAUCACUAUUGCUUGCACCUCGAUGGAGGUCUGGUGAUCGAUGGGCAUCGUAUGGGUGGCGAUGGAAGAUUUGUAAACCAUUCUUGCGAACCUAACUGCGAAAUGCAGAAGUGGAGCGUUCAUGGUCUUCCGCGUAUGGCGCUAUUUGCUUCUAGAGAUAUUAAACCAGGAGAAGAAUUGACAUACGAUUACAACUUUGCUCUUUUCAAUCCAUCUGAGGGACAAGAAUGUAGAUGUGGUAGUAGCGCUUGCAGAGGUGUCAUAGGUGGAAAGAGUCAAAGGGUUACAAAAAGUAUUACUUCCAUUCCGUCGCAAUUAGAGCCGACAGAGAGACGAUCGGUCGGAAGACCGAGGAAAAACGUACGAAAAUCCAAUACAGUACAAUCCGUGAACUCUAAAGGCAUUUGCAAAUCCCGUAAAGUAGGCGAUUCUAAUUUAAUUCACGCCCCCGUACUGAAACCCAUGUCUCAUCAGCAACGAUGCUUCGCUCAGCAGCAUCAUUGCUUCUUGUUGAGAAAUUUGGAGAAAGUUAGACGAGUCAAAUCGUUAGUAAAUCAAGUACAAAUGCAAAAUGGUAAAACGAAAUUCGGUAACGCGACUACCGUGAAAGAAAAGGGUCCAGGUGAUGCUAAGAUUCAGUCUGAUGCAUUUUACUCGCAAUUAACUGCUCUGACUAAUACAAAUACAAGAACUGUGCGAACUCGAAGGCUAGCUCAAGCCCAAGAUGAUCCAGAAGUGCAUAAAACUGCAAAAUUGGCUAAGGUGUUGAAAGAUCUGUACAGUAUCGUGGUGAAUGCGAAUGAUGAAAACGGCCAGUUAUUAUGUACACCAUUCAUAACGUUACCUUCGAAGAGAAAGUUGCCAGACUACUACGAAAAAAUAUCUGAUCCCACAGACUUGACUACGAUCGAUCAGUGUAUUGGUACAGGCCAUUAUAAAACCGCCGAACAUUUCGAUCACGAUAUGAUUAAGCUUUUCGACAACAAUGUUAGAUUCUUUGGAAGAACCUCAGAAAUAGGUAUUGCUGCAGCUAGAUUGAGAAAAUUAUAUUUAGGAAGUAAACCAGAUUUCGUAGACGCUAUUACGGAAGCGACGGGUUGUCCACCUUCACAAGGCUUUUUACCUCCUCGUGGUUCGACUGCGGGCGAAGAAGAUGUCAUUAGGUGUAUCUGUGGUUUGCACAGGGACGAAGGUUUAAUGAUUCAGUGUGAACGCUGUCUUGUAUGGCAGCAUUGUGAUUGCGUUAAAGCUGACACAAGCAUAGAAUCUUACUUGUGUGAGAGAUGUCAUCCACGUCCGGUAGAUUUAGAAAUCCCGUUAGAGGGAGAUGAAGAAGAAGAAGGUAAAAAACACUAUGUCACACUGAUGCGUGGUGAUUUACAACUUAGACAGGGAGAUACGGUGUACGUGUUGAGGGACACUCCUGAGAAGCAUACGUAUAAAACCAUUCAGAAACCUGAUUACGAACAGAUGGACAUCUUCAGAAUCGAGAGACUCUGGAAGAACACAGAAGGUGAAAGAUUUGUGUUUGGCCAUCAUUACUUGAGACCACACGAAACGUAUCAUGAACCGACUAGAAAGUUUUACGAGAAUGAAGUCGUAUGUGCGCCACUGUAUGAAGCGGUACCAUGUGAUUUGGUUGCUGAACGAUGUUGGGUUCUUGAUCCCCAUACGUACUGUAAAGGACGACCCGUGGGUUCCACGCCAGAGCACACUUACGUUUGCGAAUAUCGCGUCGAUCGUGCUGCUCGAUUAUUCACAAAGGUUGCCAGAGCUAGGCAUCAAGUUUGCACGAAACCUUACGCAUUCGAAACCUUUCCACAGCGCAUUAAGCAUUAUCGUACAUAUUUGCCUCAUAGUCUCGAAGGUAUUCAAGUAGGAGUUAAGAUGAACAAAGAGAAAAAGAAAGCUAACAAUCAGGAUGUCGAUAGUAAUCAUAAAGCGGAGUCGAAUGAGAAUACGAAAACGCACACUAAGGAUCAACAGAAGUCUUCUACGAGUAAAGGUAGACGGCGAUCGAACGAAAUUUUACCUAUUGCUACACCCGCUACAUCGUAUGCCCAGAGAGAAGAGCAAAGAAGAAGAUUAAACAACAUUCUAAUCGGUCUAUUACAAAAGAUGCCGAAUAAAAAGGAUCCUUUAGACUUGUCGUUUUUACUAGAGAGGAACAGGCGAAAUCGUAAAAGGCCAGGUGGAUUAAAUCCGUGACAUUGGAUUAUACAUGAACGAUAAUGAGGCAUUAUCGAUACGUAUAUGUGUGAUGUGCGUGCAUGGACAUACGCAUAUAGAGGCAGAUGCACGCCCGCACAUAUAGGUACACAUACACAAACUUUC